AUGGCGGAACGUUACAUCCCAGAGCACCGCCGAACUCAGUUCAAGGCUAGAAACCAGUUCAAGCCUGACGAGCUCCGCCGUCGUCGUGAGGAACAACAGGUCGAGAUUCGAAAGCAGAAGCGUGAUGACAACCUUGCCAAACGACGUGGUAUCCAGACUCGUGAUGGUGGCAUUGGAGUUGGCGAUGCAGCUUCGGCUGCCGAUGAAUCUGAUGAUGAAGCAGGCCAAAUUGAAUCAGAGCUCAAUGUCGAACUCCCUCAAAUGGUAAAGGGUGUAUUCUCCGACCAGGUUGAAGAGCAAAUCCAGGCUACUACCAAGUUCCGCAAACUUUUGUCCAAGGAGCGCAACCCCCCUAUUGAGCGUGUUAUCGAAACCGGAGUCGUCAGCCGCUUUGUUGAAUUCCUUCGCUCGCCCCACACCCUGGUUCAAUUCGAGUCUGCAUGGGCCCUGACCAACAUUGCCUCCGGUUCUGCUCAGCAGACCCAGGUUGUCAUCGAAGCUGGCGCUGUGCCCAUCUUUGUUGAGCUUCUGGGUAGCCCUGAGCCCGAUGUUCGCGAGCAGGCUGUUUGGGCCCUUGGUAACAUUGCCGGUGACAGCCCCACCUGCCGAGAUUUCGUCCUCGGAGCGGGUGCCCUCCGACCUCUUCUGAACUUGAUCAACGAUGGCCGCAAGCUGAGCAUGCUCCGCAAUGCUACCUGGACUCUGAGCAACUUUUGCCGUGGCAAGACCCCCCAGCCCGACUGGAACACCAUUGCCCCUGCCCUCCCGGUCCUUUCCAAGCUGAUCUACAUGCUUGAUGAUGAAGUCUUAAUGUACGUUGAAACCGUACCUCCUGGUGGUCCUGACGUUCGUACUAACCCACCUCUCAGUGAUGCCUGCUGGGCUAUCUCAUAUCUUUCCGACGGCUCCAAUGACAAGAUCCAGGCUGUCAUCGAGGCCGGUAUUCCCCGCCGUCUGGUCGAGCUCCUUAUGCAUGCUUCCACCUCUGUCCAGACCCCGGCUCUUCGCUCCGUCGGCAACAUUGUUACUGGUGACGAUGUCCAAACCCAGGUCAUCAUUAACUGCGGAUCUCUGCCCGCUCUCCUGUCUCUUCUGAGCUCCACCAAGGAUGGAAUUCGCAAGGAAGCUUGCUGGACUAUCUCUAACAUCACAGCUGGAAACUCGAGCCAGAUCCAGUCUGUUAUCGAUGCUGGCAUUAUUCCUCCUCUGAUCUCUCUUCUUGCUAACGGGGACUUCAAGACCCGCAAGGAGGCUUGCUGGGCUAUCUCUAACGCUACAUCCGGUGGUCUGCAGAAGCCCGACCAGAUCCGCUACCUUGUCUCUCAAGGCUGCAUUAAGCCCCUCUGUGACCUUCUGGCCUGCCCCGACAACAAGAUCAUUCAAGUCGCCUUGGACGGUCUUGAGAAUAUCCUGAAGGUUGGCGAGAUGGACAAGGAGGCUGGACAGGGUGAGACUCGUGUCAACCGCUAUGCCCUGUUCAUCGAGGAGGCUGGUGGCAUGGAGAAGAUUCACGAUUGCCAGAACAAUGCCAACGAGGAGAUCUACAUGAAGGCCUAUAACAUCAUCGAGAAGUACUUCUCUGAUGAGGAUGAGGCUGCCGGUGACAUCGAUGAGUUGGCCCCCCAGCAGACCCAGACCGGUUUCGCUCUUGGUACCGGCCAGCAGCAACCUGCCGGCGGUUUCAACUUCGCGAACGGCGGUGGUGAAUCCAUGGACAUGUAG